AUGCAAAAAUCUCAUUCUCCAUAGCCUCGUCGUACAAACAGCAAAUAUUCAUCCUUCCCCUUCAAAUUGCCAAUGAAUAACCUUGCCCUUCCUUUAACCAACAGCCACGUUCAAUCGGAUUAAGGUAAGAACUAGUAACUACCUGUAGGAUAACAAUCAGGCAAAAAGAUUAAAUAGCUUUUGCAAGUGAAUACAAGACCACUUAUCAAUCCGGCUAAAGUUCAAAUUGAUAUUGAAAAACUACAGAUUAUUAUGAAUGGGAAGUACGAGAAAAAUAUCUCUAACACUUCCUAUUCGAUAUAGGUUGAAAAUACUCUGAAAGAAUUUCGAUCCAAGAUAGAUGAAUAAGAUAGCAUUAUUAGAUUACAGGAAUUCAAAAUAAAUAGAUUAUAAUAGGAACUCUUGUUCUCAAAAUAAUAAUAUUAGCGCAUGAUGCAAAAAUUUACAUCACUUGAUGGUAAAUAUAACUAUUAUCCGCAAUCAACUAAACUAACAAAGUCAUAAAUUAGUAUGCCCUUAAUCGAACAAAUGCCUUCAAUUAAUAAACUACUACAAGUAGAUAAUAAGAAGAAAAAAAACAUAUAAGAAAAAAUAUAAGGGCUUGUCUUGGAAAACAAAAAGUUUAGAGACGAGGUUUAAAACAAAUUUAAGGAAGUACUUUAGCUUGUAAAUGAAUUUGCCAUGGCUGUAGUCUGUUAAGCAUCAUCUCUUUACAUUUAAUAGAUACAAUCCAUCGAAUCAGUCUAUGAAAUGCAUAACAAGUAAUUUGAAGUUUAAUGAUAGUUUUACGAAAAAUGAUUAUCAAGGCAUGAGGGCGCAGUAUGAUAUUUUGAAUAGGGAAAUCCAAAUACUAGAGUAGUAGAAGGAAAUAUUAUAUGAUAAAGUAAUUUCAUUACUUUGA